AUGAAAAGCCAAGUCUGCUGGGGUUGGCUGCACCGAAACAGAAAAUGGUUAAUCAAUGACAGCAAAGAACGAGGCUGGCGUGGCGAGACCAACAAGGGAAAUACUUUCGUCAGCAACUAUAUCAAUCAACUCAACAAUAACGUUAAUUCGCAAACUGGCAGUCUGGCUACCCGUGACCAAGCACAGACCAUGUCUGUGAAAUCAGCUGUAACUGGCCAGCAUCAAAAUAGCAGUGAAGUAUCAGCCCGACCAUCUGAAUGUCCCCCUACAGCAGUAGCUGGCGUCAACUCUGAUACUACAGAGUGUAAUUUCAGCGCAAAGACAACUUCGUGUGUACGGUAUGGUUCCGUACACGGGAUGGAUUGCUCAGAGUCACGACGAAGGAACUACUCCUCAUCUUCUCUACCUUUGAGUCUCAUGGCAGCUACCAUAGAAGAGGUGGAUGAUUCUGAUUGUGUGAAUAACACUUACACUCAAGGAACAUCUAGGUCACAUUCUUACGGAGGUCAAGUGACGCCUAAAACUAAAAUCUCCUAUCAAGCGUUACGUCGGGAAGCCCGAGUGUCCAGUGUGAAUUCCCCACCAAUAACAAAACGUACUGGGCCCACAAUGGAACUGGUCCGAUCUGCUAGUGACAAUACAAACAGACUGACCAGCCUCAGAGAUGUCGACAUUAUAGGAGAAAGCUUCGAGUCCAGGUAUCCCUGGCAGAGGGAUUUUGGUGUCCAGUGUGAAAUAACCAAUGACUCCCAUAUACAUCCCAGCUUGAAGAGAGCUAUGUCGGGCCCCGCUAUGUACACAUACUUUCGCUCCUUAUCUCUGGCCUCAAGCAGCAGUCCCUGUCCCUCUCCACCUUUGACAGUUCGAGACCUGCCCCUUCGUCACUGCACGAGCAGUCCUCAGUCCGACUUCUUCCAGCCCCAGCAAUCAGCAAGUCAUGGCGAUUCACCAGCUCCUUUGUACCGUCAGACAGCCAUGAAUCGCAGCAAUAGUCUCAACAAGAAUACCAAUCUGGACUUCUCCCUGUUGGAUAAGACACGAAGUGGCCUUCUUUAUAACAGACGGGCAGAUUUUAAGAAGAAACCACGCCCUAGUUCAGUUGGAGCUGUGGAUAGCAUAAGGUAUGUGUAUGUCAUAUACAGGCAACAAUAUCAAUCGAU